UUCCAUAACAGGAACAAUAACAACAGCAGUAAGAGCAGUCUUUAAUGUUGGGAUCAGAUGAGUACAAGGCAGCACUGCAGGUGAUCAGACUGUCAGCAUUACUGUCAGACACACACAGAACCAGAUGGAGCACAGAGAGGAGGCUGAUGGUGAAACCAGAGUUUUAUAAAGACACACACAGAACCAGAUGGAGCACAGAGAGGAGGCUGAUGGUGAAACCAGAGUUUUAUAAAGGUCUACAGGUCUGGCUUCAAAAUCCUAAUCUGACCCUGAGGAGAGAAGUUCUGACUUUGAGAGGGAGGAGGGGGCACUGCCUCUAAAAUGAGUCUCUCUGGGGAGAGAGAGGAAGGGGGCACUGCCUCUAAAAUGAGUCUCUCUGGGGAGAGAGAGGAAGGGGGCCCUGCCUCUAAAGCUAGUCUCUCUGGGGAACAUGACAUGGACACCAAAGCUAAGAGCCCAAUCCAGGAGAGACCAGUCUCACCUGUACCCAGCUGUGUGUCCAUGAAGAGUGACAAGUCUAUGAAACUACCUAUCAUGUUCAGUGAUGGAGGAGGACCUUCUAAUGAGGAAGGGAUGAGACAGCAGAGACCAGCCUCACCUGUACCCAGCUGUGUGUCCAUGAAGAGUGACUGGUCUAUGGAUAAACCUAUCAUGUUCAGUGAUGGAGGAGGACCUUCUAAUGAGGAAGGGAUGAGACAGCAGAGACCAGCCUCACCUGUACCCAGCUGUGUGUCCAUGAAGAGUGACAGGUCUAUGGAUCUACCUAUCAUGUUCAGUGAUGGAGGAGGACCUUCUAAUGAAGAAGGGAUGAGACAGCAGAGACCAGCCUCACCUGUACCCAGCUGUGUGUCCAUGAAGAGUGACUGGUCUAUGGGUCGACCUAUCAUGUUCAGUGAUGGAGGAGGACCUUCUAAUGAAGAAGGAGAUCAACAGGAGAAGUCUGAGCCAGACCAGAGUCACCAUGAGGACUUGUCCUCCAUAUUCACAGUGCUUGAGGAGACGGUCAUCAGGUUUGUGAAGAAAGAGCUGAAGAGGAUGAAGAGGAUUCUGAGUUCAGAUUUCCCAGAAGGCUUAGAGAGUCAGAGGGAGGACCAGGAAGUGGUGGACCCUGAAUAUCAGAAGCAGGAGAGCAGUGCCAGAAAGGGAGCUCUGAAGAUCACACUGCACUUCCUGAGGAACAUGAACCACAAUGAGCUGGCUGACACUCUGGAGAAAAAUGAGCGUGCUGAGAUUUGUCAACAGAAACUCAAAUCUGAACUAAAGAAGAAGUUUGAAACUGUGUUCGAGGGCAUAGCCAAACAAGGAAAUCCAACUCUUCUCAAUAAGAUCUACACAGAUCUCUACAUCACAGAGGGUGAGAGUGGAGAGAUCAAUAAUGAACAUGAGGUGGGACAGAUUGAGACAGCAUCCAGGAAAUCAGCAAGAACAGAAACAGCCAUCACAUGCAACAACAUCUUUAAACCCUCAGCUGGACGAGAUACACAUAUCAGAAUUGUUCUGACAAAAGGAGUUGCUGGCAUCGGAAAAACUGUCUCUGUGCAGAAGUUCAUCACGGACUGGGCUGAGGGACUAGCCAAUCAGGAAAUCCAAUUCAUCUUUCCUCUGCCAUUUCGAGAGCUGAAUUUGUUGGAUGGAGAAGAGUUCAGUCUGAUGGAACUUGUCCAUCACUUCUUCUCAGAAACCAGAGAAUCAGGAAUCUCCAACUACGACAAGUACAACGUUCUGUUUGUCUUUGACGGUCUGGAUGAGUGUCGACUGCCCUUAGCCUUCAAAAAGAACAAGAGCUGGUGUGAUGUCACAGAGUCCACCUCAGUGGAUGUGCUGCUGACCAACCUGAUCAGAGGAAAGCUGCUUCCCUCUGCUCUCAUCUGGAUCACCACUCGACCUGCAGCAGCCAAUCAGAUCCCUUCUGAGUGUGUUGACCUGGUGACAGAGGUACGAGGGUUCAAUGACCCACAGAAGGAUGAGUACAUCAUGAAGAGAUGCAGUGAUGAGAUCCUGGCCAAGAGAAUCAUCUCACACAUCAAGACAUCAAGGAUCCUCUACAUCAUGUGCCACAUACCAGUCUUCUCUUGGAUUACUGUUACAGUCCUUGAACACAUGCUGAGAACAGAGAAGAAAGAGAAGAUGCCCAAGACCCUGACUGAGAUGUACACAACCUUCCUGGUGUUACAGACCAAACAGAGGAAAGUGAAGUAUGCUGGGAAAACUGAGACAGAUCCACACUGGGAUGAAGAGAGCAUUAAGAGUAUUCUGUCACUGGGAAAACUGGCCUUCCACCAGCUGGACAAAGGCAACCUGAUUUUCUAUGAGAAAGACCUGACAGAGUGUGGCAUUGAUGUCUGUGAUGCCUCAGUGCACUCAGGAGUGUUCACACAGAUCUUCAGACAGGAUGGUAAAGUCUUCCAGGAGAAGGUGUUCUGCUUUGUCCAUCUGAGCUUUCAGGAGUUUCUGGCUGCUGUGUUUGUGUUUGUGUCAUUCAUCAACAACGAUGAGAAUCUGAUGUCUGAGACUCCAUCAGUUUCCUGGUACAACAAACUGUUCUCUGCUGUACUUGCUCUUUUCAGAGAGAAACCAGAAGUCCGAUUCUACAAGAGUGCUGUGGACAAGGCCUUGCAGAGUAAGAAUGGACAGCUGGACCUUUUCCUCCGCUUCCUCCUGGGCCUCUCAAUGGAGUCCAACCAGACUCACUUACGAGGCCUACUGAGUCAGAACAGUAACAAGACAGAGAGCCAUGAGGAAACAGUCAAGUACAUCAAGGAGAAGAUCAGAGAGGAUCCCUCUGCAGAGAGAUGCAUGAAUCUGUUCCACUGCCUGAAUGAACUGAACGACCAUUCUCUGGUGGAGGAGAUCCAACACUACCUGAGCUCAGGAAGUCUCUCCAGUGAGAAGAAGCUCUCAUCUACACAGUGGUCAGCUCUGGUCUUUCUGUUGCUGACUUCAGAAGAGAAGAUGGACGUGUUUGACCUGAAGAUAUACUCCAGAUCAGAGGAAGGUCUUCUGAGGCUGCUGCCAGUGGUCAAAGACUCCAAAACUGCUCUGCUGAAUGACUGUAACCUCUCAGCACGGUGCUGUGAAGCGCUGGCCUCAGCUCUCCCCUCCUCAGAUCUGACAGAGCUGGACUUGAGUAACAACAACCUGGGGGAUUCAGGCAUGAAGCUGCUCUCUGCUGGACUGAGGAAUCCACUCUGCAAGCUGGAGACACUGAGGCUGUCAGGCUGUCACAUCACAGAGGAAGGCUGUGCUUCUCUGAGCUCAACUCUGAAGUCAACCUCCUUCCUGAGACAUCUGGAGCUAAGUAACAAUGAUCUGAAGGAUGCCGGCAUGAAGCUGCUCUCUGCUGGACUGGGGAAUCCACUCUGCAAGCUGGAGACACUGAGGCUGUCAGGCUGUCACAUAACAGAGGAAGGCUGUGCUUCUCUGAGCUCAGCUCUGAAUUCAACCUCCUUCCUGAGACAACUGGAUUUAAGUAACAAUGAUCUGAAAGAUGCCGGCAUUAAGCAGCUCUCUGCUGGACUGGGGAAACCACUCUGCAAACUGGAGACACUGAGACUGUCAGGCUGUCACAUCAAAGAAGAAGGCUGUGCUUCUCUGGCCUCAGCACUGAAGUCAAAUCCCGUCCUGAGAGAACUGCACCUGAGUAAAUGUGACCUACAGAUUUUAGACAUGAAGGUGUUCUCUUCUCUACAGGAAAAUCCAGUCUGCAAACUGGAGAGUCUGAGGCUGUCAGACUGUCAGAUCACAGAAGAAGGCUGUGCUUCUCUGGGUUCAGCUCUGAAGUCAAACCCCUCCCUUCUGAGAGAUCUGAAUCUAAGCAACAGUGACCUGACGGAUUCAGGCAUGAAGCUGCUCUCUGCUGGACUGGGGAAUACACUCUGCAAACUGGAGACACUGAGGCUGUCAGGCUGUCACAUCAAAGAAGAAGGCUGUGCUUCUCUGGCCUCAGCACUGAAGUCAAAUCCCGUCCUGAGAGAACUGCACUUGAGUAAAUGUGACCUACAGAUUUUAGACAUGAAGGUGCUCUCUUCUCUACAGGAAAAUCCAGUCUGCAAACUGGAGAGUCUGAGGCUGUCAGACUGUCACAUCACAGAAGAAGGCUGUGCUUCUCUGGGUUCAGCUCUGAAGUCAAACCCCUCCCUUCUGAGAGAUCUGGAUCUAAGCAACAGUGACCUGACAGAUUCAGGCAUGAAGCUGCUGUCUGAUGGACUGGGGAAUCCACUCUGCAAACUGGAAACACUGAGGCUGUCAGGCUGUCACAUCAAAGAAGAAGGCUGUGCUUCUCUGGCCUCAGCACUGAAGUCAAAUCCCGUCCUGAGAGAACUGCACCUGAGUAAAUGUGACCUACAGAUUUUAGACAUGAAGGUGCUCUCUUCUCUACAGGAAAAUCCACUCUGCAAACUGGAGAGUCUGAGGCUGUCAGACUGUCAGAUCACAGAAGAAGGCUGUGCUUCUCUGGGUUCAGCUCUGAAGUCAAACCCCUCCCUUCUGAGAGAUCUGAAUCUAAGCAACAGUGACCUGACGGAUUCAGGCAUGAAGCUGCUCUCUGCUGGACUGGGGAAUCCACUCUGCAAGCUGGAGACACUGAGGCUGUCAGGCUGUCUGGUCACAGAGGAAGGCUGUGCUACUCUGGCCUCAGCUCUGAGGUCCAACCCCUUCCACCUUAGGGAACUGGACCUGAGCUACAAUCAUCCAGGAGAAAAAGGAUUGAAGCUGCUCUCUGCUGGACUGGAGGAUCCACACUGCAGACUGGAGAAACUCAAUGUGGAUCAUGGUGGAGAGUGCUGGAUCAAACCUGGCCUUUUGAAGGCCUGGAGAUAUGACUGUGAGCUCACACUGGACCCAAACACAGCACACAGAGUCCUCUCUCUGUCUGAGGAGAACAGAAAGGUGACAUGUAGGAGAGAGAAGCAGCCGUAUCCUGAUCACCCAGAGAGAUUUGAGGACUGGCCACAGGUGCUGUGUAGAGAGGGUCUGUCUGGGCGCUGUUACUGGGAGGCAGAGUGGAGUGGAAGAGGGGUUAAUAUAGCAGUGACAUAUAAAGGAAUCAGCAGGGGAGGAGGGCGUGAUGACUGUGGGCUUGGACACAAUAACAAGUCCUGGAGUCUGGACUGUGAUGAUAACAGUUACUCUGCCGUGCACAAUAAGAAGAUAACUGCCAUACCUGCCCCCCCCUCCAGCUCCCACAGAGUAGGAGUGUAUCUGGACUGGCCGGCCGGCACUCUGUCCUUCUACACAGUCUCCUCUGACACACUGACCCACCUGCACACAUUCCACAGCACAUUCACUGAGCCCCUCUAUCCUGGGUUCAGUGUUCAUUAUGACUCCCCAGUGUCCCUGUGUCAGGUAGAAUAGCCCACACACACUCACACACACCGUGCUCACAUAGAUGUUAGUGAAGACUGAACUGUACAGUUGGAAUUGAUAUCCCAGAGUGUUUGUAAAUAUUGGUGUGUGUAGAAUGUUUGUUUUGUUUUAACCUUUUAGAUGUAAAUAUUACUGAUAUUAAAUAUUAUUAAUAUCUCUAAAUAUUA